AAAACAAAUCGAAGGAAGCUAAGGCAGCGAGAAACCCUAAUUCUUUCACGUGUAGCACGGAACAAAGAAAGGCUCGAGCUCUUUGGAGGCUGACGUUUUAGAUCGAGGAAGAGAAACGCGAUGGCGGACGCUUACUGGAGGUACGCUGAUCCACGCCAGCAGGCACCGAUGGCUCCUCCGCAGCCGGCUCCGUUGAAGCGUCCUCGCCCAGAUUAUGGUGGUGCUCCUGAGACGCUUGGCUACUAUCCCAGGGAAGAUGAAAGGACAGUCCAUCUUUCCAUCAAGGAUACUGAGGCCAUCAAUGCAUCCUAUGAUCGUUAUUUGCAAAAUGGAAUUCCGUCCUAUUCUACUGCGGAACUUGUUCGCCCCGUUGGUGGAGGAUUGAAUGGUCGCCCGGUUGAAGAUCCACGUCUUCCAGGCAUUGGAGGCAUGGAUAACCGGAUUAUUGGCUAUAGCGGUGGCAGAACUGAAGCUCCUCUUCCACCGGAUGCGUCAAAUACUUUGUUCGUGGAAGGCCUUCCUGCAAAUUGCACACGCAGAGAAGUGUCUCAUAUUUUUCGUCCUUUUAUAGGUUUCCAGGAAGUGAGGCUUGUGAACAAGGAUUCUAGACAUCAUGGAGAUCCACUAGUGCUGUGCUUUGUUGAUUUUGCCACUGCCAAUCAAGCUGCAACUGCCAUGGAUGCUUUGCAAGGUUAUCAAUUUGAUGAACAUGACCGAGAUUCAGCCUAUUUAAGGCUGCAGUUUGCUCGCUUUCCUGGUCCAAGGCCAUCUGGCGGACCUCGUAAUAGGCGUUGAUUUUAUGAGGUUUCUAUUUCACGCGAAGAGCGACGAUCUUGGUACGUUAGACUUACACAUGCGGAACUAUAACUCGUUCGUUAUCGGCGUAUGAGUCGCGUGAACGGUUACACCGAAAUUAAUAUCGAACCGGCGUUAUCCUGUAGUCGUCGAUAUGUAUAAUGCGAGUGAUGGCAUUAGCUUCGUCAUGGUGUGUUUUAUCUAAUAUUUUUCCGUUAGAAUACUGUUAAUGUUAUGGCAUGCAUUUAGACAUCAUGUUCCUACUGUAAAACUUUUAUGGCAUUUGGUAUAUUGUUUUGUUGAUGACAGCUUAACUUUUGAGCGUGUAGGAGCGCCAUAUUACUUUGUUGCGGUUCGCUACUA